UGCAACUCAAGUCUUUAUCUUGAGUAUUGAACAUGUUUACAAUAAUAACGAAACUUUGAACCUAAUUGCUUGUCGAAUUUGCUACGCUACAGCUUUCUGAGAUGGCAUACAAUUUAAAGUGACCAGUUAACAUCGGAUCACACUUUAUGGAUGACUAUGCUUGUGAUAUUUGUGAAGAAAAUGAGAUAUGUGAGGAGGCAAAAUUCUACUGUGAGAAAUGUUCAAAAUGUUACUGUACCAGCUGUGUGGAACAUCAUUACCAGAUGCACAAAGCGCACAAAACACUCCGAAUAGAACGCUUGAGAAACUGGCCAUUCGGCAAGGGAAUAGAAAAUGAAUCAGAGCAAAGUCAGGAGCACAAGGAUCAGAAACUAACACAGCUCUGUGAGGAACAUGACCAGCUAUUACCAACUGCAUGCAAUGUCUUCAGCCAUCAGGAAUGCAGUAAAGUGAAGCUGAUGGCUGAUAAUGUGACCGAUCUUCAACCGUCCCCCGAUGUUGAUACAUUACAUGAGCAGUUGAUUCAGAAAGAAACUGAACUUGAGAACAAUCUGCCGUCACAAGAUAAAUCCUACAAAGUGACAGGUGAGUUGUUCAAUCCAAUCAAUGUCGCGAAAAAGAAAACGAGAGUAAGGCAUGAUACAGAAUAUUCAGUAAAAAUUGACACUGAUUCAGAUACAUGCUGGAUAUCGGGUAUUUGUGCGACAACCACUGGCGAGCUCCUUAUUACAGACAUGUGGAACAACAAACUCAAGUUGUUGGAUGAUAACUACAAAGUGGUAACUCAUUUAGACUUUUCUGAUAAACCAUGGUCCAUUUGCAGGGUUGACUCAAGUCAGGUGGCUGUUACUGUAUAUGAUAAUCAAAUCCACUUCAUAAGUGUGACUAAUGGAGAGUUGGUAGAGGACAUAACAUUUCAACUGGAACAUUCCUGUAGAGGAAUUGCACAUCACCAAGGCAACCUGUACAUCACAUCAGGUACAACCCUGUACCAAUACACGGUGAAUGGCAGCCUGGUGAACAAGUUGUACCAUAACAAUGUUACAUCUUGUGGAGUCAGUCCAGAUGGGGAGAGGAUAUAUGUAACGAGUGGGGCAAGAGACCAGCUCAUCACACUGUCCAGGGAUGGCGCAGUGAUCUCCAAAAUGACCGACCCGGUCCUGCAGUGGAAUGAUAUCCUACCUGGCAUGCAUGUGACAAACUUGGGACAGGUCCUGGUCUGUGGAGGUGACUCUAAUACAAUCCUCCAGGUCAACAGAGAUGGGACGAAGAGACGAGCAAUAUUGGCUACAGAGAAGAGUGGUGUUGUUAGGCCUACAUGUGUCUACUACAGCAAACACACGAACUCAAUUAUUAUUGGAAUGUUUGAUAAUGAAAACAUUUUGGUGAUUGUACUUGAAUAAAUUCUAAACAGUCGGAAUAAUGAGAGCUCAACAUUUUCUUUUCUUGUCAUGCUGUCUCGCUUUUUCAAAAACCAAAUUGUUUGAAUUAUGGAGGAAAACGUUCAUUUUUUAUACAAAGUUGGAGUAGGAUGAUUUUCAAAAUUUGAGAAAAAAAACCACAAUGCAAUAUUUUAAUUUGUUACCGAGUUACGGAAAAAUAACAUUUUUUUCUAUUUCUUAUUUUUGUAAAGUGUACCCUUUUCGCCCAAACAGCAUGUUUUUCAUAUUUACAGUAGCAGUAUCCUUCCCUCACCCUCUAUAAAAUAAUACAUUAUGAACUGCCAAGCAGCGUCAUGAUUCAAUUAAUUAUGGAUAACGUUUCUUAAAAAUAUCUUUAUGUAUUGGAGAGUUAUGGAAUAAAAGGCGAUUUCCUUUUUUAAGUUCAUUUAAGUGACCUUGACCUUCAUUUAAACCGAUGCAAUUCCAUUAUUUUUAAACAUUUUUUUAUUAACAUGUACUUUAAUAUGUUGAGAAAUUACAACCUUUUUCUGAUAAAAUGCCGAUAAAAUUUGUUCAUAAGAACUUUGCUCUUGCCCUUCUCUGUAUAUUGUUCUUCUUAUGAUAUCAUUUUUGUAUUAAAUGCGUUUCUUUUGCGAUAAACACUUCGCUAUUGACAUUUUCAAAUAUGCAAUCAAUACACCUAAGACCAAUGACUAAUGUUAUUGGUGCAGUAUAACACUGGAUGGCAAUAUAAGCUAAAUAUCUGAAAUUUUCAAAAAAAAAUCUUGUGAAAUGAACCGUUGUGUAUAUUACUGAAAAUCAUUAUAUAUCGCUUAUCCCGUAGUUAUAUGCAUAAAUCAAAAAUAAUAUUUUUGUCAAUUCAUGCAUUCACUACAUUUCUGCUUAAAUAUCUGUGUAUGUUUUGAUAUGUAUGGUAAUAAAACCUCCUUCACGACGGUGGCAUAGAGGUGAAAUUC